UAUCAUUAGCCACACUCAACCUAUUUCAACCAGGUUCAGUUCUAUUGUUCCAUAAUAACCCUAACCCAACCCUUCUCAUGAUAUAGCCAAAAACCCUUAACAAGGGUUCAAACAUCAUGUCCAUGGAUCCUACCAAGAAACCUAACAAGAUCAGAGACAUAGUGAGGCUUCAACAGAUUCUUAAGAAAUGGAGAAGGGCAGCAAACUCUUCAAAAACAAGUAGAAGUAAUAGUAACAACACCAACAACAGCACCGGCAGAAGCAUCAAAUUUCUCAAAAGAACACUUUCUAUUUCGGAGGGAGGAGGAUCGAGCAGUGUUGUUCCCAAGGGCUACGUUGCUGUUUGUGUUGGCGUUGACCUUAGCAGGUUCGUUAUACCAACCGAGUAUUUGGGUCACCAAGCUUUUCACAUGUUACUCAGAGAAGCUGAGGAAGAGUUUGGGUUUGAACAAACUGGGGUUCUCAGAAUCCCUUGUGAAGUGUCUGUGUUCGAGAGUAUCUUGAAGAUAGUAGAGAGAAAGGACAAGUUUUUCACUCAGAAAUGCAGGUUUAGCAUUGAGAAAAUGAUGGGAUAUUGUUCCUCCAACAACCUUGCUUAUUCUCAUCACCCUCAAAGUCCAAUGUGCAGAUAGUUUAGGAUUUUGACAAUUUUAUACAUUUUUUCUUUUCUUUUCUUCUUUGUGGAAGCUCAUCCAUGUAAGAGAGGGUUGGAGUGAAUUCCAACAAAUUCAUCAGUUACAACUGAGAUAACCCUCUAUGCAAAGAAUACAACUUUCAUUGUCCAAAUCAUGUAUCUCAAGCAAUUUUGGACCAGUGAUGAUAAGACAAAAAGCUUUCACAGAUGACAAAUCUGAGUACUGCUUCUAUUUUUUUUAUUCUGGAAUAGAAACUUUUGUUAUUUUACAUUUCAAUUCAUAAA